AUGAACACCUCAGCCCCGCCUGCUGUCAGCCCCAACAUCACCAUCCUGGCUCCAGGAAAGGGUCCCUGGCAGGUGGCCUUCAUUGGGGUCACCACUGGCCUCCUGUCACUGGCCACGGUGACAGGCAAUCUGCUGGUGCUCAUCUCUUUCAAAGUCAACACAGAACUCAAGACAGUCAACAACUACUUCCUGCUGAGCCUGGCCUGCGCGGACCUCAUCAUUGGCACCUUCUCCAUGAACCUCUAUACGACCUACCUGCUCAUGGGCCACUGGGCGCUGGGCACGCUGGCCUGCGACCUCUGGCUGGCCCUGGACUACGUGGCCAGCAACGCCUCCGUCAUGAACCUGCUGCUUAUCAGCUUUGACCGCUACUUCUCCGUGACGCGGCCCCUGAGCUACCGUGCCAAGCGCACGCCACGCCGGGCAGCCCUCAUGAUCGGCCUGGCCUGGUUGGUUUCCUUCAUUCUCUGGGCCCCAGCCAUCCUCUUCUGGCAGUACCUGGUAGGUGAACGGACGGUGCAGGCUGGGCAGUGCUACAUUCAGUUUCUCUCCCAGCCCAUCAUCACCUUUGGCACAGCCAUGGCCGCCUUCUACCUCCCGGUCACCGUCAUGUGCACUCUGUACUGGCGAAUCUACCGGGAAACGGAGAACCGGGCUCGGGAGCUGGCCGCCCUGCAGGGCUCGGAGACGCCAGGCAAGGGGGGCGGCAGCAGCAGCAGUUCUGAGAGGUCCCAGCCAGGAGCAGAGGGCUCCCCCGAGACCCCUCCAGGGCGCUGCUGCCGCUGCUGCCGAACCCCCAGGCUGCUGCAGGCCUACAGCUGGAAGGAGGAAGAGGAGGAGGAUGAAGGCUCCAUGGAGUCCCUCACAUCAUCAGAGGGCGAGGAGACAGGUUCUGAGGUGGUGAUCAAGAUGCCCAUGGUGGACCCCGAGGCGCAGGCUCCCGCCAAACAGCCCCCCCGGAGCUCCCCGAAUACAGUCAAGCGGCCGACUCGGAAGGGGCGUGACCGAACCGGCAAGGGCGCAAAGCCUCGUGGGAAGGAGCAACUGACCAAGCGGAAGACCUUCUCACUGGUCAAGGAGAAAAAGGCGGCUCGGACCCUGAGCGCCAUCCUGCUGGCCUUCAUCCUCACCUGGACACCGUACAACAUCAUGGUGCUGGUGUCCACCUUCUGCAAGGACUGUGUUCCCGAGAGCCUGUGGGAGCUGGGUUACUGGCUCUGCUACGUGAACAGCACCGUCAACCCCAUGUGCUACGCGCUCUGCAACAAAGCCUUCCGGGACACCUUCCGCUUGCUGCUGCUCUGCCGCUGGGACAAGCGACGCUGGCGCAAGAUCCCCAAGCGCCCUGGCUCUGUGCACCGCACCCCCUCCCGCCAAUGUUGA